AUGAUGUUCACCUCUUCUCAACUCUUCCAAGAUAUUGUAAGACCAUGCAAUAAUUGUGGGAUUUGUAAGUUUUUAUUUUAUUUCAAUUUUCUUCAGGCUCUAUUUCAAAUUAUUUUUUCCAGCUUUUGAUGUUCGUCUUCAUUCCCCACAUAUUCUAUCCUGUUCACAUACUUUCUGUUUAAUGUGCUUAACAAAAACCGAACAACGCAAAAAACGUCACUGCUUUCAAUGCAAAACCAAAUAUUCGAAAUUCGCUCCAAACGUUGCUUUGAUGGGUAAGAAACUUUUGAAUAGGUUUUGAAUUCAAAUUUCUUUGUUUUUCAGAAGUUAUUCAACGUCUCGAAGAUCGUGGCAAAUAUAUUGAUAGCGAAAUUCGAAAAUGCGAUGAAUGUUCGAAUUGUGUUCCUGCCAAAUUGUUGCGUCGAUGUGUUUCCUGUGAAACACAUUUCAGCUCGAGAACUGAUGUUUCUUUAGAUUGUGUAAUCUGUUUAGAAUGUUGUGUCAAUUCACACAAUGGUCAUAAACUUACACACGAUGUUACAUGUCGAUCUCCUUCAAGUAUUCGGCAUCCAAUUGAAGAAAAAGAGCAAACUCAAGUCAAAUUUCGAGAACGAACCGAAUCUUCAUCAUCAAUUCUUUCAUAUAAUAAGAAAAGAGUAUCAUCUCGUGGAUUUAUGGAUAAUUUCAAACGUCUUUCUUUUAACCGAUCGACUAAUGAUGUUCCAUAUUUCUUGAAUCAAACUCCAAGAUUAUCUUAUCAUGAAGAUGAUGUUGUUAUGUCCUGCAAAACACCAUUUUAUGGUAAGUUAUUCACUUAAUCUUGCAAAAUUUCCAAAAUAUAAUUUGUUUUUCUGUUGCAGAUAAUAAUCAUCAAAUGGCUCCUGUUAUGCCAACUCGAUACAUUUGCAAUGAUACAAUCUCAGUAGACAGUGUUUUCGAAGGUUCACCUCAAUCAACAAUUAUGCACCAAACUCCACCAUAUAAUAAAAAUCAUUCGCCAAUUUCUCUUCGCUUCUUUUGUCCUCCAAAUGAUUCGGGAAUCCAUUCAAAUACUCCACCCGCUCGAUUUUCUCAUUCUUCCAUUUCACUUCAUCCAAAUUCAUUUUCGUCUUCCACACCAAAACAUUCACAUUUUGGAACUAUUCGACCGCGUGUUAGAAUGGGUGUUAGUGAUUUGAUUAAUAAGUGAGUUGUUAUUUCUGUUUUUAUAUUUAUUUAUUAGAUUGUACAAUUUUUGUAAAUAUAUUUGCCUAACUACUAACUUUGUAAAUUAAAAAACAUAAAAAGAUAAAUAGAAAAAUAGGUGUUACCUUCUGAGAUUUUCAAGUUUCAGGUUAUAAUUUAUAGGAAAUUUUCAGUAGAAAAUUCGGUUUUUUUCAAAGAUCCCUUGUACUUUUUCAUACUCUCAAAAAGUUUUUUUUUUUGAGAAAUCCCUUUUAUUCUGAAAAACCUUUCUCUAAUACUAUUUUCCUUUCCAAGUUCCAGGUUAAAAUUUACAGGAGUUGUUUUUCAGCAGAAAAUCGGCAGUCUUCUCAUCGCCCAUAGAAAUUCCCAACCUCAAAAGUACCCGCUCAGAAAGUUCAGUUUGCCAUUUCGCCGAAAAUCCCCAAUAUUCCAUGUUUAUCUAA